AGUUUGGAACGGUUGAAACAAGCUUUGCCUACUGUCACGUAAAAAAUCCAGAGAUCGAAAUAAAUACUGAUUGGCCAGGCUGCAGGGGUAGUGAGACGGUACCAACAGUUCUUCGGUAUGAUUCUGAUUUCAACGUAAUUAGUUGGGGAUAUCCAGCGCUGGUUGAAUCUCCAAUUAGAGGAAAAGCUGUAAAAAAGCAAGAUGGCAAAGUAGUCGAAUCAUUUAAACUUUAUCUAUAUAACGAUAUCAUUCAAGAAAAACUUCCAAUAUUACCAGCCGGAUUAUCAUACGAAAAAGCUAUAACAGAUUAUUUAAAUGAAAUUUACAAGCUUAUAUAUGGAUUAUUACUGCUAAGAUGGCCAAGCAUCAAGCCUGAACACGUGAAAUACAUAUUUAAUGUACCAGAUAAUUGGUCUCAGCAUCAAUUGCGUAUUUUGCAAAAUUGCAUUUUUAAAGCAGGCUAUAUUUCAUCGCUGCAAUCUAAAAAUUUAGAAUUUGCUAAAGAAAGCGAAGCCAUCUCACAUUACUCUGUUAAUGAAAUCACAAAACUUAAUCUAAAUCUUCCAG